GUCGCAGGAGGGCGCUAACAAAGCACAAGGCGGUGAGAUAGCUAGCUAGCUAGCUUGAGAAAGGAAAAGGCCGAACGCUGCCUGCUGUGGAAAUAAUUAUUGUGGCUAUUCUACAAAUACACAUUAAUGAAUCAAAUGUCGGUGUUCUUAUCAAGUGAUGGCAGACGAACAGUGUUCAGAAAUCGAAGCUGAAUUGUAUUACCUCAUUGCUAGAUUUCUCCAGUCGGGACCGUGUAAAAAAUCGGCACAGAUACUGAUUGAGGAACUAGAAGAGUAUGAGUUGAUCCCGAAACGAUGGAGUUGGGACGGCAAACAAUACAAACGAAACUUCCAAGACUGGGUGAUCUUGAACCAGCACAUCCCUGCAGACUACCUGCUGAGAGUAUGCCAGCAGAUAGGUCCUCUCAUAGACAAGGAGGCCCCACCUAGUGUCCCUGGGGUCCAAACCCUCCUGGGCUUGGGAAGGCAGUCUUUGCUUCGCACAGCUAAAAGUUGUAGCCACACAGAAUGGAGCGGAACUGCUGUUGCUGCGCUCCACCGGGGUCGCCCCCCAGAACCACCAGUCAGCUUUGGGAAGCCCCCCAGCAUCGUGUCCAUCAUGGGUGCUCGCCAGGCUACUGGCACUGCCCGCUUUGGCCAUGCUCUGCCAUCCUACACCUAUCAGCAUGUGAAGAUGCACAGGCGCAUCCUGGGCCACCUGUCCUCUGUGUACUGUGUGGCUUUCGACCGCAGUGGCAGACGGAUAUUUACAGGUUCUGAUGACUGUCUGGUAAAGAUAUGGUCCACAGAUGAUGGCCGGCUGCUGUCCACCCUGCGUGGCCACGCGGCCGAGAUCUCCGACAUGGCGGUGAACUACGACAACACGCUAAUCGCCUCAGCCAGCUGUGACAAGGUCAUCAGAGUGUGGUGCCUGCGCACCUGCGCCCCCAUCACUGUGCUGCAGGGCCAUGCAGCCUCUAUCACCUCCAUACAGUUUUGUCCGGCGGUUAAAGGACCAAUGCGGUACCUGGCCUCCACCGGAGCAGACGGCAUGGUGUGUUUCUGGCAAUGGCACUCGCUCAGCAUGAAGUUCGUUGACCGGCCAGUCAAGUUCAUUGAGCGGUCAAGGCCUGGGGUCCAGAUCUCCACCUCCUCCUUCAGCUGUGGUGGGAUGUUCCUGGCCACAGGCAGCACGGAUCAUGUAAUCAGGGUGUAUUACCUUGGCUCUGAAACACCCAUGAAGCUCUCUGAGUUGGACUCUCACAUGGACAAAGUUGUGGUGGUCCAGUUUUGUAACAACAGUUACAGCCUGAGGUUUGUGAGUGGUAGUCGUGACGGCACAGUCAGGAUAUGGCAUUACCAGCAGCAGGAGUGGAAGAGCAUUACUCUGGACAUAGCCACUAGACUGCCGGGGACUGCUGUUGUGAAUGGCGAGGACAAGACCAAGCUGGUGCCGACAAUGGUGGCCUGGGACCGUGGUGACCGCACGGUUGUCACAGCAGUCUCUAACUACCUGCUCAAAGUCUGGAGCUCCACCACGGGCCAGCUUCUGCAUGUGCUGUCUGGUCAUGAUGACGAGGUGUUUGUCCUGGAGGCCCACCCCUUUGACCACCGCAUCAUGCUCUCUGCCGGCCAUGACGGCAACAUCUACAUGUGGGACCUCUCCAAGGGAUCCAAGAUCCGCAACUUCUUCAACAUGGUGGAGAUUGAUUACAUGGUGACUGUGUUGGUGGCUGUGUUUUACCCUGGCAUACAUUCAUACAAGCCUUUCUCUCUCUGUCUCAGAUUGAGGGCCAAGGUCACGGAGCUGUAUUUGACUGUAAGUUCUCAGCUGAUGGACAACAUUUUGCCUGCACUGACUCCCAUGGCCACCUGCUCAUCUUUGGCUUUGGCUGCAGCAGACCCUAUGAGAAGGCCUCUAAUCCGAGACGCCAAUAACUUUGUCCUGGACGAGCAGACCCAGCAGGCGCCCCACCUUAUGCCCCCUCCCUUCCUUGUGGAUGUGGACGGUAACCCCCACCCCACCCAUUACCAGCGCCUGGUGCCCGGUAGGGAGAGCUGCAAGGAUGAGCAUCUGGUGCCCCAGCUUGGCUACAUGGCGAAUGGUGAUGGUGAGGUGGUGGAGCAGGUGAUCGGCCAGCAAACGGCAGAGGAGGGUCACGGAGAAAGCCCUUUGGAUGUCCUGAUCAGACAGUUGCAGGACCAACCGGAUGAGGGGCGGGACCAAGAUGGAGUGCCUGAAGGAGAGGGUGCUGUUGAGGGAGCAGAGGUAGUGGGAUCGCCCCCUAACGUGGGCCUGAGGAGGAGUGGUCAGGUGGAGGGGGUGCGUCAAAUGCACCACAACGCCCCUCGCAGUCAGAUGGCCACGGAGAGGGACCUGCUGGCCUGGAGCAGGAGGGUGGUUGUCAACGAAGUCCAGCAAGGGGUCCUCCGGGUGAUGGAGGAGACCAGGCGGGCAAAAGGUGAGGUGGAGUGUUCCCUCUACAACACAGAGAGGAGGAGGAAACCUGUACUCAGUGCUCCUAAGACUGUGGAGCAGGCUCCAUGCAAGCGCUCCCUGCGGCGAACCCAGAGGAGGAAGAAGAAGCAGACCAGACCUGCACCAGCGUACCAGACCCGCUCAGCACGAGAUCGCCGCCCUGUGGAUAGGCGGAGGAACUCUGACAGCCAGAUGGACUCAGACAGCGAUGGAGAGGCAGAGGAGCAGGCAGAGGCCAGUGAUGCUUCCUCUGAUGGGGAAGCACAGUGGCAGAGUGACAGCAGUUCCAGUGUCUCCUCCAGUGACUACUCUGAUUGGACAGCUGAUGCGGGGAUCAACCUCCAGCCCCCCAAGCGUACCAGCAGAAGGCAGGUGCGGCCGCCUGUUGGCUCCAGCAGCUCGGAGGAGGCGGAGGGCCAGGGAGAGGAGGCCAGGAGGAAGCAGGCGGAGGAGAAGAAGAAGCCCAAGGAGACCAAACAGAAGAAACCCAGUUCGUCUCUGUCUCUGGCUGGCUGUGAUGCAGAGGAAUGGCUUCCCCCGUCCUGGAUCAUGGAGACCAUCCCCCGACGCUCGCCUUUUGUGCCACAGAUGGGUGAUGAGCUGAUGUACUUCAGGCAGGGCCACCAGGCCUAUGUCAGGGCGGUGCGCAGGGCCAAAGCCUACAGCAUCAACCCUCAGAAACAGUCCUGGAACAAGCUUAACCUCAGGGACCAGGAGUCUGUGAAGGUAGUUGGUAUCAAGUAUGAAGUGGGGCCCCCCACCCUCUGUUGUCUAAAACUGGCCUUCCUGCACCCCAUCUCAGGAAAAAUGACCAAUGAGUCGUUCUCCCUAAAGUACCAUGACAUGCCGGAUGUCAUCGAUUUCCUAGUGCUUCAGCAGUUCUAUGACGAAGCUAAAGAGCACAACUGGCAGACAGGUAUGCGCUUCCGGAGCAUCAUCGAUGACGCCUGGUGGUUUGGCUCAGUGGAGGACCAUCAGCCACUCCAGCCAGAGUACCCAGACAGCCUGUUCCAGUGCUACACUGUCAAGUGGGAUAAUAGCGAGAGGGAGAAGAUGAGCCCUUGGGACAUGGAGCCCAUUCCUGAUGAAGCGGAGUUGCCAGAGGAUGUUGGUGACGGGGUGGUGGUGACGGAGGAGGAGGUGAAGGCUCGCCUCUACAGCCCCCAAGAGGGGGAGUGGGGGGCUCACACACGGGACGAGGACUGCCAGAGGGUCAUCUUUGGCAUCGACGAGCUGCUCACACUGGACUUGGCCAAGGCAUUUGCGUCACCAGUGGACCUGCGGGACUACCCUCUCUACUGCACUGUAGUGGCCUACCCCACUGACCUCAGCACCAUCCGCAAACGGCUGGAGAACCGCUUCUACAGGAGGAUCUCGGCUCUGAUGUGGGAGGUGCGCUACAUCGAGCACAACGCCCGUACUUUCAACGAGCCCCAGAGCCCCAUCGUGGCAGCAGCCAAGGUGGUGACUGACGUGCUCCUCCGCUACAUCGGGGACCAAAGCUGCACAGACAUCUUAGAUCUGUACCACAAGGUGAAGACGGAGCUGAGCAGUGGAGAGGAUGAGGUGAAACAUGAAGAUACUGCUGAGGUGGACAUGGACUCUGACACUCCAGGGACCUCCACAGGACAACAGCGGGCCAAUCCCAGUCCUAAGAAGCGUGGGGUGGUGUUAGAUGUGCGUGCUUGGCGGGGCCAGUGUCGGGAACUGCUGCGGCGUAUGAUGGACGGCCCUGACUCUGAGCCCUUCAGACAGCCUGUGGACCUCUUCACCUACCAAGACUAUCGAGACAUCAUAGACACUCCCAUGGACCUGGGGACUGUAACAGAGACUCUGAUCAUCGGGAACUACGAGAACCCCAUGGAGUUUGCCAAAGAUGUCCGCCUCAUUUUCAGCAACUCCAAGGCCUACACGCCCAACAAGAAGUCACAGAUCUACACCAUGACCCUGAGCCUAUCAGCCUUCUUUGAAAGACAAAUCAUCUCCAUCAUCUCGGAUUACAAAUCUGCAGUCCAGAACCAGCGGAGGAAGAGUCGCCAGAGUGUCAGCUACAGGAAGAGACUGCACAGCGGAGGCAGCUCCCUUGCCACCAGCCAACCCUCCAGUCCUAAAGGGAAGCACAAGUCAAGGAAGAAACCAACACCAAAAGAAUUACAGACCUCAUCCAAGAAGCGGUCUCGCAGGCCAUCUCAAGCGUCAGAGACGAGCAGCGUGAUGGUGGAUGAGGACAGCCAACCCUCGUCAUCGUCUAACUCAGGGACAGGAAGCCACAGUGGGGGUCCAGGGGCCGACCGUGUCACCCGCAGCCAAACCACUCCCGUCAAGAACUCAGAGGGUAACAGACCUCUCACUAACGGCACCAGACAGAGCCACAGGAGACGAGUGCUGCAGGAGGAUGAGGGAGAGGGAUCUGGAGGAUCCAAUAGCUCAUCUUCGUCAUCGUCUUCCUCAUCUUCCUCAUCAUCCUCCUCCUCCUCCUCAUCAGACAGUGAGUCGGACAGUGAGUCGGAGGUUGGAAAGUUUGUGGACGGGGGAGAUCACGACUACAGCAAAGCUCCCCGCUUAAAAAUGGGCCUCAAGGGCAAGAUGGCCGUCUCUGGGAAGAGGAUGCUGGAAGAAGAGGAGGCUCCAGAAAGAGCCAAGAGAGCACGAGUCCAGGCAGAGGAGCAGGAAGAGGAGGAUGAAGACGAACAAGGUGAAGACGAGGAGGAAGAGGGGGAACAGCCACCGCAGCAAGAGGAAGGGAGGGCGCCUGAGAACGAAGAGGAGGAGCCUGAGGACGAAGAGGAGCCUGAGGAAAAGGAGGAAUCAGAAGAGGAGGAGGACUCAGAGCAGGGUGAGGGUGGGGCAGAGGGCGGUCAGAAAAGCAGCAGCCGCAGUAAGUCUGGUCAGGUGAACACUCGGAACCAGGGCCGCAGGACAGUGUUGUACAACGACGAGUCAGACGACGAGUCAGGGACCACAGAGGACCCACUCAACCUAGGCAUGUCCCGCUCAGGACGGGUACGGCGCAUGACCGAAAAGGCCCGGGUCAGCCACCUUAUGGGCUGGAACCACUGACUCACACAGCCCUCUCAAACCACCUUAAACUGGGCCUUCUAACCCCUACCAACCACCUAUCUACCUUACCCACCAGGAGUGAGACUGGAGACUGUACAAUUGACUAAAUUAAUACUUCAGGGAUUUUGCUUUACUUUUUUUAUUGAUUUUUGUAUCAUUUUGCUUUGUGUACGAGACUGUUUACGACUCUACUGGCAGUGGUGCUCCUUAUCUUGCCAAGGAAUCUCCCUCCCUGGUCUUCAAAGCUACUCAUCAACAUGGACCCAAAAGUCAACUCACUCACCUCCGCCUUACUUACUGCUCUCCUGGGCCUUAAAGACUCCUCUUACUCCUCCGCUUCUAUCAACUCAUAACUCUUCUCCUUCUCAUCCUCAGUUUUCCUCCCCAUCUUUCUCUUACCCUCCUCCUCACCUCCGAUCUUCCUGAUCAUACAACAACAAAGGUUCAAGAGAUGCCAAAAACUGGUGCUCAUAUGUUAUAGCUCAAGGAGACUAAGCUCUGCUGUCCUCUACAUCUGGAUGACAGACAGACUGAUGCUCCCUUUACUUCUCUCUGUUUGUGUUCUGUCUGAACAGUACAGUACAUCUCUCCCUAAAUGACCCUCAUCCACAUGACCCCCUCUCAGUGUUGGGUUUUCUGAUUGACGCUAACCCUCCCACUAUGCUUCAUCCUCCCCAACCCCCAUCCUUCACUUUGGGAGGUCAACUCUGGUGUGCUCAUUCACUGCAUUAAUUAAUCUAUUUUUAGGCAUCCAGGCUAGGUCUUAGAGGACUGCUGUGUCUGUGGGUUUUAGUUCUCAGACUUUAUCUUUGCGUGGGAACUUAUUGAUUCUAAUUAGUUGAGGUGGUGACUUCUUUCAUCAUUAAUUAUGUCCACUCAUAAAAUGCUGCAUGCCUACAAUACAAUGUUCCGCCAUUGAAUCAGAGGCAGACGUACCUCCUUAGUUAACUCCUGGGCCACUGAAUGUUUUCAAUACUAUAUCCCCCGUAAUCCUUAUCAAUUCUAUAGAGUUUGUAUAUUUGCACAUACAAUAGGUAAAUAGAGGCUUUGCCGUAUCCUCUUCCUGUAGUGUGUGGUUAUUAUGGUUGAGUGAUGUCUAGUAUGGUAGCUAGUGUAUUGAAAGAGUGUGGGUAAUUGGAAAGGAGAAAUGCAAAGCGAUUGUAUAAGGGUCUACCAUUGAGUUCUAUUUCUAUUGGUCGGAACAUACUUUCAUUGAUCUAAAUCAAAUGCACACAUUAAUUUAUAACUUCCAGGGCACUGUCCUUCAACCCAGCAUGUUCAAACCAGUCAUUGGUUCAAACACAAACCAAAGUGCAUCAUGGUACUUUGGAGAGAGGCUCGCCCAUAGCAACCACUCACUUCCACCUCAUACUGAAAAGGACAUUUUUUUACUACAGAAAUAUUUAUAUUUUUUCACUGUAUUAUACACUUUGCAAUUAUUCCUUAGCUAAUAUUAAUGAUGGUGAAAUGUUUGCACAUGUAUCUAUUGUAUGUGGCAGCUGAAUUUGAGAUGGCUUUUGUUGGGCUGAGUAUGCUAUCCUGCCCUCUGAUUUUACUCUUAAUCACAAUAUUGGAUGACCAGACAAGCCACAAAGAGCAAAGGACAGAUUUCGCUCCAUGCAGUUCUAAGCAACGAAUGACUUUUUAUUUGUGUGUACAAAGCGCAGAUAAAUUGUGCCAAUAAUAUUCAACACAUUUGCAUACAAAUACACCUGUUCUGGGCUGUUUUGUGAUAGAUUGUUUUGUUGUGGUGAGCAUUAUUGAACCAGAGGGUUGUGUUUGCUUGGUCAAAGGUCGGAGGGUCCGACACAGCUAAGCCACUUGGCAACGUUGCCUGAGAAACAGAAACCAAGGCUACAGACAGCCAGGUUCUCUUCUCUCCUUCCACUUCCUAACAUAAGGUGCUCUGUGUGUGUCAUACGCUAAGUGUUCCAGGACUUAGCCCUCUGCUCCUCAUUCCCCCAGGAUCCACCCGGCUCCACUUCCCCAUGAUUCCCCUACUACACUCUGGUUUAGGGUCUCUGAAAUACACCUUAGGUGUCAUCUGAUGGGCCAUGCUACUGCUAGUCAUGUUGCCACACUAGGGAAAGAGAUGGGACUGCAAUCAAGGUUUUCGUUAGUUAAUCGCGAGACAGCAGUAACUCGUCUGCAAACUGUGUGGGUAUAGUUUGAAAAGACAUCACUUGGGCCAAUGGAUAAAUCCCUACUCAAUAAUUUGUGAACAUGUUCUCUUAAUAUAAUAGAUGGUAAAUGGACUUGCCUUUAAGCAGCAGAUUAGUAAUUUCUGAAUCCAGCAAUGAUGACAUUCUAGGUGUAAUAAUAAACGUGACUUUUUUUCUACACAAUA